AUCCGUACAUUUUUGGAAGAUCUCACAAUCUUCAGAGGCACAUAUUGUGAGGUGUGUUUUCAAUCUUCGAAAAUGGCAAAACUUUUUCUCAUCUUCACCUGCAUUACUAUGCUCAAUUUUGCUGCAUCAUGGGUGCGCGAAAUGGAAAACAAAGGACUUUACCAAGGUGAUAUGGUUUUGAGACCUGACCAAAAGGAAGCAUUAGAAAAGGCCAAAAACACUUUUGGAUCAGUCAUUGGAUUCCGAUGGCCAAACGGUGUAGUGCCGUACGUCAUUACCAGCUCUAUCGGCAACGAUGGUUACAACGCAGUUCAACAGGCUAUAGCUGACUACCAUAAACACACUUGCUUAAAAUUUGAAAGAAGGACUAAUCAACGCGAGUAUAUCAAGUUUGUAGAUGGUGGAGGUUGCUCUUCUCCUGUCGGCUUUAACAAUCCUCGAUACACCAGCAAUGGUGUUAAUCUGAUCACCCUGGGUGUAGGCUGUCGCAGCAAAGACACAGCCAUGCAUGAAAUGGGUCAUUCUAUCGGUUUAUAUCACGAGCAAAGUCGACCGGACCGUGACGGCUAUGUUACCAUCUUGAAACACAACGUGUACAACCAAAGGAUGGUAUUCAACUUCAACAAAGUCAAUAACAUCAAUUCUCUUAACACCCCGUACGAUUAUUACUCCAUGAUGCAUUAUGAUCAAACUGCAUUUGGAUGUGACGAUAACUGGCGCAAUUGCAAAGUAACUAUCAGGACAAAAGAUCCAAAUAUGCAAACUGUGAUUGGUCGAAGCAAUGGAUUCAGUAAAGGAGAUAUCAAGCAAAUCAAUUUGAUGUACAAUUGUAAGGGAACUGGAACAGGGGGAACUGGAACGGGAGGAGGUACCACUUGUACCGACAGCGAUUCAAAAUGUCCAUACUGGCAAAGCAUUGGUGAAUGUUAUAAAAAUCCAAACUGGAUGUUGAGGAAUUGUCGAAAGAGUUGCAGACAAUGUUAAUGUAACACUUUUGCUCAUGUUAUAAUCUUCGAAAUAAAACAUGCUAACGCAAUCUAAAAGAUACAA